UGAAGAGGAAUAUAAACAAAGGGGGAUAAUUCUCUGGUCCACAAAGUAGAACUUUGUCUUAGACUUUGAACCAUUUAGUACGUGUGUACAGAACAGAAUAAAUUGAACCUUAUCUGGGUUAAAAAUAUAGGACACAGUUAUGCAUCGGGUAGUUAGAUCUUCUGUGUUAAAAAACAUCAUAGGAAAACAACAAAAAAUGAAGCCUACAAAAGUAAUAGGCAGAAUGUUUGCCCAGCAGGAGUCCUUGCCUAAAUUACCUGUCCCUGCCCUAGAUGCCACACUGCAGAAGUAUCUUAGAACAGUAAGACCAUUGGUUUCUGAUGAAGACUUUGAACAAACAAAAAAGUACGUUGAGGAGUUCAGAAAGGAAUCUGGACCAAAACUACAGAAGUUCUUAGAAGAAAGAGCUACAAAAGAAGUAAACUGGUUAUCAGAAUGGUGGGCCAGUGUAGCUUAUUUAGAAUUUAGAAACCCUGUAGUAAUUCAUGUCAGUCCUGGAAUUGUUUUACCAAAACAGAAUUAUACAGAUACAGAGGGACAACUGAGAUAUGCUGCCAAACUUGUUGCUGGAGUAUUGGACUAUAAGAUUAUGGUUGAUGAACAGACAUUAGACGUCGAAUAUAUGGGAAAGAAUCCAUUGUGUAUGACACAGUUUUAUAAAAUCUUAUCUGCCUGUCGCACACCUGGACUAAAGAAGGAUACAUGGGAGUGUUUUCCUCCUGAUGAACCAAACCCACCGACUCACGUUACAGUCAUCCACAAUAAUACAUUUUUCUCAUUAGAAGCUUAUGGUAAAAACCACAAGCCUCUAAGUGUGGACCAGAUUUAUAACCAGCUGCAGAAAGUAGUUGAUAUGUCUAAAAAUUCUAGCACACCAGUUGGUAUUCUGACUUCUGAGAAUAGAAACACCUGGGCUAAAGCUUAUAAUCAUUUAGUUAAAGAUAAAACUAACCAAGCAUCAAUACAGAAUAUAAAGAGAAGUAUUUUUGUACUCUGUCUUGAUGAACUUUUGCCUGAGGACAUGUCUGACGAGAGGAGUGUAGCGGCUAAAAUGAUGUUACACGGGGGUGGCAGUCAAUUAAAUACAGGCAACAGAUGGUUUGAUAAAACUAUACAGUUUGUUGUUGGUAGGAAUGGUAUUUGUGGUUUGAGUUAUGAACAUACAACAGCUGAAGGACCCCCUGUAGUCAGCCUCAUGGAUCAUGUAGCAGAAUUUUGUAAAACAGAACAUGAUGAAGGGCUGCCAGCAGAGAAUGUCAAACCUGUGGAGAAGCUAGAAUUUAACUUGGAUAAUAAAUCAUUAGAGGCAAUUGACCAAGCCAAAAAAAACUUAGAUAUGCAAGUUAAAGACCUAGAUUUAACAGUAGCCAAAUUUACAGACUACGGAAAAAAGUUUCCUAAAUCUGUAAAAUUAAGUCCAGAUAGUUACAUACAGACAGCUUUCCAGUUAGCUUUCUAUAGGUUAUAUAACGAGCCCUGUGCUACAUACGAAACAGCUUCUUUAAGGAAAUAUCAACACGGGAGAACAGACACAAUAAGAUCGUGUUCAAUUGAAUCAUUAGCAUUCUGUAAAGGGAUGUGUGAUCCUAAUAUAUCGCAGGAGCAGAAAAGAGAAUUACUGAAGAAAGCUGUCAACUCGCAUAAAAAUUACGUUAAUGAAGCUAUAAAUGGACAAGGUAUUGAUAGACAUUUGUUAGGAUUAAAACUUGCUGCAAUAAAGAAUGGAAUGAAUGUUCCUGAUUUACAUAUGGACCAAACCUACAGCACCAGUUGUCAUUUUAAAUUAUCUACCAGUCAGGUUCCAUCAAAAGAAGAAGCUGUUUUAGUAUUUGGUCCAGUAGUUCCUAAUGGCUAUGGACUGUGUUAUAAUCCUCAGGAAUCCCAGAUUAUAUUUGGUGUGUCUGCCUUCAACUGUAGUCCAGAAACUGACUCUAAUAAAAUGGCUAACUCAGUUCGGCAAAGUCUGAUAGACAUGAAAAACCUUAUGGCUGGAUCUGUACAAGCAAAAUUGUGAUAUAUUUGUUUAUUCUUACCAUUUCAUGUGAUAUGUACCCUCAUCGUCAUGUAAUUCCUGUUUUCUAGCUCAGAGGCAAAAUACGUGUGUAUGAUUGUAAGGCAUGAAUAGCCAAUCUUAUGCUUUAGCUGGAUUAAGUGUGAAGAUUGAGUGUGAAUUAUUCAAUCAUUGUUUUAAAAGCAUGUAUGUGUAUUCUAUCCUUAAUAUGUUUGAUUAGCUUUUAAAGAUUUUUAAUAAGUUAUGAAGUGUGUUUAUAUCUAUUAUUUCUAGAUUAGAAAUAUAAACCCUUCAUAACCAUUUCUAGCUCUUAGAACUGUUUCAAAAUGGCUCAGGACUAUGCUUUAUUUCUAAAGGAUGAAAAUAUUGAAACUCCUGUAUUUCAUUUGACACUGUAGUUGACCUGCUUGUUUGCAGCAGAAAGUA